GCUUAACUUCCACACUUCAUGUAACAUCGUAACUUGAUUUUUCAUUGCGUAUUUGUAGACAAAGCUUGUGGACUCGUUUGUGCAAGAGAAAGAUGACCCACGACACAGCAAAAUGUUGUCAGAAAUUUAUCUCACGCGACUGUUGAGUACAAAGGUUUGAUAAAGUCAUUUAUUUCAAUAUGCUUUAAAGUGAAGUGGACUCAUGAGCAGUCGCUGAUAAAAAAUUAUUGCAUGUCCAUGUGAAACUACAAUGUUUGUAACGAACAUUUGAAAGUUUCAAUCAGCUCGGCCUUUCGGCAGGAACUAGAUUGAAUUCCGAAAUAUCAGAUGCUCGAACCGACUUGACUUCGUUGCUCAGUUGGUAGAGGCUUGCAGGUUUGAUUACUGCACCACCACAGCCAAGCAACGUUUCAGCUUACCCAGUGUGGAGACACUCAGGGCAACAGCAAAAAAACACAAGGUUAGUUAAUACUGGGGGGUUGAUUGUAAACAUAUGACCACUAUUCGUAGGUGUUGCCUCUCCCCCAGCGUACGCCACUGGUUAAACGUGAUUGGCUGAUCAGAUCAAAACUAUUAAAUGCUUUUGACAAGCGUUAAAGUUGCGUUCAUCUUAGAUGGACAUAACAGUUUUACAACUAGCUAAUGGGGCCAUUGUAUUUAGCAAAUGAGUCGGCAACCUUUACUGUAUGGAAAUUGUGGGAAUGUAGUUGUCGGAAUUUAUUUUGAACUACAUUUCUACACUAUUUUAUUACGUCUAUUUUGUACUUAACUGUUCAGUGAGUGCUAUACGCAUGCUAGCUGUACAAAAACAUAACAUACUUAACUUCAAUUUAGGGUACAUUGCAACAAUAUGUUGAUGAUAUGUUUGACUGUAUCUUCCCGACAUUUCGAAAGAAUGAACGUCCUCCAUUACCCAUCAAGUUUCUGUUUGACUUCCUGGAUGAUCAAGCGAAAGAGCUGAAUAUCACUGAUCCUGAAGUCAUGCAUACCUGGAAAAAUAACAGGUACUUUAGUGGGCAAGCUUAAGCUUAUGGCAUCUCACUCGAUUCAAUAAUAGUUGAAGGAUCUUGUAGAUGGAAAUUAUUGAGUGGAAAUUUAUAUACAUUUAUUGAACCUAACCAGGAACAGUUGCGAAAAAUGAACUACAGGUCCCUGGCAGGAAUCGAACCUGCUGCCCUGCGAUUCCGGUGCAGUGCUCUAACCAACUGAGCUACAGAGGCUACCUAGUGCCAACUGGCCUCUAUAGCUCAGUUAGAGAGUUGCCGACUGGAAUCACAGGUCCGCAGUUUCCUGCCAGGGACCUGUAGUUGCAUUUUUCACAACUGUCCCUGGUUAGGUCUAAUAAAUGUAUUUAAAACACUCCUACUCGAUAAUUUCCGUCUACAAGACCUUCAAGCUUAGGCUGAGACGUUCACGGCAGCAAGGUGUAAUGCCAAAUAUGUUUCGUUAAACCCCAACUUGCUUAUUUCAAUGCUUAUUUACACUAUUAAAAGAUGUAGUAUUUUGGUUUCAUUGUCAAUUGUCAUGCUCACCAGAAUGCCUUGCUUCUUACCUAAAUAUCAUUUAACUGAAAAUAUUCCAUUUCUCAAAAGUGGAAAUAAACAUUGAAAUGGGCAAUUUGCAUACCAAGUUAAGUUGGUCUAUUAGAAAUGGAGAAAUUGUCCCUAUGAUAAUUGAGAAAUGAAUUUAACCUUUCCACAUUGGUAUGUUAUCAGCAGGAAUGGAAAUUCUUGAUGUCUUUGUAUUUAUUUUCAGCUUGCCAUUGAGGUUCUGGGUGAAUCUUAUCAAGAAUCCAAACUUUCUGUUUGAUGUUAAUAAAGCACCGAUUGUUGAUUCAUGUUUGAGUGUUAUUGCUCAGGUGAGAGACUGGAAUCUAGAAUAUCUGGAAUAAAUUAAGUGACUGAACAUUUCUAUAGUGUAUCUCAAUGGGCGUGCAUUGAUUAUUAAGAUGAUGACCACUUAAGUAGAGUUGUGGUUAUAGUUAAUUUUCCAAUGUGCGUCGAGGGUUUUUCACUGAAUACCCAACGGUUUUCAUUCUUCACCACCAAAAACUAACCUAUAUCCACUUCAUAGCUGUGCUCCGUGAUCAGACAUUAGUCAUAAUAUGUGGUAACCAAAACCGCCCAUAAUAAGCCUUCAAUUCUGUCACGUUUGCAUCUUCCGCAAUUUAGCUCUCAACUGCAAGGAGAGAUGAUGUUACCCUCUAACUUUACCUACCUUAAACCCAGAGCUUUAUUUAGUGUUUCUCAUCAUGUUCUAACACUAGUUAACACGGAUAAGAGACAGUUGCAGUGUGAGAGAGAUUUGACUACCUGAAAAAUAUAUGCAGAGCUUCAAAAACGUCGAAGUUCUGCUUACAAUUUCUGCUUCGACCAAAGGGUCUUAGCUCUGAACGUCCAAAUCCUACUUAUACUUUUCAGGUAGUUAUAUCUCCUCACACCACAGCUGUGUGUCACUAUCUACAAUGGUACCGACCGGUUGAGAGCAUAGAUAUAAAAUAUAUGAUUUAGUAGUGUUUUGCACAGAACAACUGAUACGCAGGCCUGUAUACGUGAUAACAUGAUUUAGAUUGCAAUGGAGUAAAAUACUCUUCCUUGUGUAGUUAUUCAUGGACUCUUGUUCUGUCUCCGAGCACAUUCUUGGAAAGGUUGGUUGUCUUAUAUAAAAUCAAUUAAAAACUUCUUUAUAUAAAAAAUCCUAGUUAUAUUGGUAUUAAUUAAAUAUUUUCUUUUUCUGUCAUUUACAGGAUUCACCCUCAAACAAACUGCUAUAUGCUAAGGAAAUACCAGUAUACAAACAAAAAGUACAAAGGUACAUUAUGAAAUGUAACCAUAGUCUUCACAUGUAACCGUAAUACCAUUGAUCACAUGUCAACGUGCUAAAUUUAGACAAUCGCGAUAAAAAACAUCAGUUACAUAAUUGUGUGAAAGAGGUGGCUUUCACUGACCUUGCAGAAGAUGGUAUAUAUUACGAAUCGCACCAAACUCUGGCAUUGCAGCAACAAUUCAUAUCGCCAUUAUGUGGCCACACGUACAUAUUUUUGCAAGUUUGCAAUUCUAAUUUUAUGGACAGCUAAUCCCAUUCCUAACGUAACGAUUGCUAUAAAACGAUUGAUUGGUAACGAUUGCUAUAAAACGUUGAUUGGCGGUUUAAAAUUAGAAUUGUAAAAACGCAAAAAUAUGUGGGUGUGGUUAUAGACAUUUGUGGGAGUUGUAGUUUCACGCUUUUUUGAUACGAUACCAAAGUUCGGUGAGAUCAGUAAUAUGAUCAAUCUUGAAAAGAUGUUCCGUCAUAUUAGUCAGAUAUUGGUGUCAGGAAGCGUUACGGAGCAACGUGCACAUUACCCUGGAUUCCAGAGCCUUCGACAGUAAAUAAUAAAUUGAAACGUCGCGAAGGCUCUGGUUCAACGGGAAGAUUCUUUGAUUAAACCGCGUCAAUCACAAAACAGAAUUAGUGGUUUUAGUACAGAUUGGGUACGUGCAAAUGGUAGUUCCAAACGCUCCAAAACUGUUAGUUCACAAUUAUUUACCGAAGUAGAGAUGAUUAGUGCAAGGAUAUUCAUCAAAACGCGAAGCGUUGAGCAGAGGUGAAUAUUCUUGCAUUAUUCACUGACACUGAGGUGAAUAAUUGUUUUAGCACAUACCACAACAAAACAAAAACGACCAGAAAAACAACGAAAAUAUAUUUGAAUUUUUUCUGUGUUGGUGUAGUGUUCUCAGGUGAAUAUGAUAUUUGUGGUGUUACUCUGAGUGUAUAUCCACACCGGGCGAGCUUGAAAAAUAUGCCCGGCCACGGUGGGAUUCGAACCUACGACCUUUGGAACACUAGCCCAAUGCUCUUCCAACUGAGCUACGCGGUCAGGACGGUUCGAGUAAGUGAUAUUUCGAAACAGUAUCUAAUUCCUUCAAAGCUCGCCCGGUGUGGAUAUACACUCAGAGUAACACCACAAAUAUCAUAUUCACCUGAGUACACUACACCAACACAGAAAAAAUUCAUAUUACUAGAAAACAUUGGUAUCGAAGGAACUAGAUUCUGUUCCGAAAUAUCACUUACUCGAACCGUCCUGACCCAGUGAACUCUAAUAAUAACUGGAAGGCUAACUCCUAUGAUGAAAGUCUAUGAUUCGUUGAAGCCGGCGCGCGGGAAAAUCAACUUUCAAAAGGACUAAGGAGAGUUUCGAGGAGUGAAAAAAAUUCUGUCAAAAGUUUGUUUUCGAGCAAAAAUUUGCAAGAAAAACACUUUUCCCAUGGGAAUACAACAAUGACUUGGGAUUUAAACCAAGUUUCCGAUUAGUUCCGACUGUUUUACAUCUCUCUGCAGCAAAAAGUAAGGAAUUUUGCUUUUGUAUUUUGAAAAAAUGACGAGAGUUUGGAUGUGCCGAAGGAAAUCUCGCCGUUCAACUCAAAAAUAUAUACUAUAAAACAUUUUGACAGUCCCAAAACUUAUGUUGUACUAAACCCCAGGUAUUGUUAUUGAUCCUGAGCUUUUAGUCCUUGUUUUAGUCGCUCUUAAACAUAAAUAAAUUGGCGUUUUUCAAGUGAUGUUAUUUUCGUCAUCGGCAUCUUGUUGGCCACUAUGAGCACUUUGAAUAUGGCAAUAUUUUUGUCAAUUUUCAAAUGCUUUUUUUUCGACCUUAAACGUUAAAUCUUCUUGAAACUUCGCAUACAGAUGUAUUUUGCAUGGGUAUAAAAAAUUCCUGAGGUAUGACGUCUUAGUUUUAUCUUAAACUUCCAAAAACUCAGAAAAAGCAGCCUAAAACGCGCGGUUUUUCAGACCGUUCAUGCUUAUGGUCGUGUUUUCGCAUUUUUUUUGCUAAUUCGUGAUUUGUUUGCUUUGCGAAUAUUAAAUUCAUUUAUCAUACUACUGAUAUAAAUUAAAUUUGGUAGUAUAACUAAUAUUUUGGGGCAAGAUUUUUCUGAUCAAAAAAUGUGCAUAUUUUGAAAAAAAAAAUUAAAAAGGACUGGGUCUACCUACAAAAAAAGCUUCAAGCACGGCUUCAACUCCCCCCCUGACUUAGCCUUCCAGUUAUUAUUAGAGUUCACUGUCCUGACCACGUAGCUCAGUUGGAAGAGCAUUGGGCUAGUAUUCCAAAGGUCGUAGGUUCGAAUCCCACCGUGGCCGGGCAUAUUUUUCAAGCUCGCCCGGUGUGGAUAUACACUCAGAGUAACACCACAAAUAUCAUAUUCACCUGAGUACACUACACCAACACAGGAAAAAUUCAUAUUACUAGAAAACAUUGGUAUCGAAGGAACUAGAUUCUGUUCCGAAAUAUCACUUACUCGAACCGUCCUGACCGCGUAGCUCAGUUGGAAGAGCAUUGGGCUAGUAUUCCAAAGGUCGUAGGUUCGAAUCCCACCGUGGCCGGGCAUAUUUUUCAAGCUCGCCCGGUGUGGAUAUACACUCAGAGUAACACCACAAAUAUGAAAAUAUAUUUAAUGAAAACUAUUUGUAUUUCAGCUCCCGUAAUAGUUCUAAACAAAACAGUGUUUACACGCUUUCGGUUUUAUUCAGCAGAUAGCUUUAAAGAAUACCUCUACACAGUGUUCAACAAAAGUUUGUAGCUUUCUUUUUGUUUGGCGAAACCACAGCUUCAUUUAGUAAAAAUAUUUGCUGGUCUGUAACCAAAACGAAACGGGAAGACAUUUUGUUUUUGUCCGGAGGUGAUAAUAAUAUCGGAGCUGAGCAACCAAUGAAAUUGCGAGUGAUAGCUUAUACUUGUAAAUAUUGAAAUAUUUCAGCAUAAUCAGCAAUAUGAUAUACUCCACGUGCAUAAAUUAAAAGCUGGAAUUGCCCAUAUUCUCUCUCUGAUAACUGGCAAUCCACCAACAUCUACUGUGCGAUAAUGCCUUCCAGUUUAACGUCCACUUACUUGGUGGCCAAUCAAUAAGAGACAGAUUCGAUUUAGUUUUUCUUGCUUCGUUUUCUUUCACUUAAAAAACUCAAUAAUUAUGAGGAAAAGACAAAGAAAAUCACUACCAUGUCCAUGGUUUUACUUGUGAUGAAAAAUCAUGUUCAUUUACUGAUUUACAUAAACUUUAGCUUUGAUUUUCUCGGCUUAGACAACUUUUUUAAAAUUACUCGCCAAUGAACUCAUAAGAUGGUUCGUUUUUUAAGCCAUUUAAAACACCCACAGUCCGUGCUUUAUCAGAUAUAAAACACUCGAGUUGCGCCUCGUGUUUUAAAUAGUACUUCUGCAGUUGUAUGGCCACCCUCUUCUAUCAUCGUCACUGCUGCAGUUGCAUAACCACCAUCUGCUGUCCUGCAACGAUUACUGAACGCAACAUAUACGUCUCUCGGGCUUGGAUUAUCAAGAUCCCUGAGGUCUGACAGUUGCCCCGCGUGUAAUGACCGCAGAAAAGUAACUUUAAAUCACACUCCUUAUUUUUCAGUUUUUACAAGGACAUAGCAAACGCACCAAGACUAACAGAUGAAGAGGUCAAAGAUUUUUUUACAGCUGUAAGUUUUCAUGCAAGAGUUUCCCUGAGUUAGAAAGCUUUUUCAUCAUUCUCCUUUCAUGUAUUGCCGUUCAUAUUUUAUUACUGUAUAUUUCAAUCUUUAUCCAUGCUCGAACUUGAUCUAUAUGUACCAAGUAUAAUUAUUAACCAAGUUUGAUCUAUAUCUUACCUUACAGCAUUACAUUGAGGAUUUCAACGUGGACAGUGCUUUGAAAGAACUGUAUAAAUACGCUGCGGAUUACCAGGAUGAGGUAAGUUCUCAUUAUUCCAGGUUUUUCUUCAUCGUACAGGUCUGUUCAAACCAAUCCAAAACGUUGGUCCAUAAUCAUCCUACAUUGUUGCAUGCAUCAUUGUUAGGUCGGUUUAAGCAUUACGUUGGUGUUGUUUAAUGUUGGAAGAUGUUGGAACACGUUUGAAUUUUUCAGACUUUUCGAAAUUUUCAGUUAACAUCAUCCAGCAAACAUCCAGCAUUCUUCAUUGUUGGCGAGAAAUUGAGGGGGCAAAUUUGGGUCGACUCUUUUGUUGCUGGAAAUUAAAUUUCUUUGAACUUUUUUGCAGUACUUUUCAUGCAAAUUUGCUUAAUAGCUUUGGUACACAGUUAUUCAGCCACUAGUGAAAGGCUUUCACAUAUUAUUGCCCUCGCCCCUCCUCUUCCUGUAGUGUCCGCCACUGGUUGUUGAAUCGAUUUGAACAUCAUGAAUAAUGCUAAUUGAUGUUAGAAGAUGUCGGAUGACGUUUUUAAUUUUCAUCUAACAUCAACCAACAAUGUUGGAUCUGUUUGAACACUAUGUUUGAUCUCUCUUCACUGCAGAGGCUUCCUGGACUUCCUAGGCAUUCAAAAAGGCGCAAAAUGAAAAGUCGCUAGGCGGUAGUGAGGCAACGCAAAAAAGCGAAAGGUGCUAGAGGGUAAUCAAUGCCUAGGAUGUCCAGAAAGCACACUAGCCUCUGCGCAGGAGAGCGAUGUUUGGUAAUGUUGGCUGGUGUUGACCGAUGUUGAACCAAGUUUGACUUUUUUGGACCAGAUGUUGGAAUGGUUUGAAAGGGUCUUGGAAAUUAUAUUUGUGUGAGCGCCAUAAAGAGUUUCGAAUCGUUCACAUACAUUUUCUUGUGUAUACACGAACCAUAAAUAUUAAAUUUCCUUCAACAAACCGUCCAUUCGCUGGAACGCGAAUUCCACGCACGAGUGGUUAAAGCGAAUUUUAAAACCACACGUGGAAAACUAUAUAUUAGAGAGUUUAAGCUUCACGUUAGCGGGAACGGCAAACGGCAAGACCGACUUUUAUUGGCAUAAUUUUCGUUGGAUUUCUAUGUGUCAUUUUUUCUUUCAUAUGACACAACAAGCCCAUUGACUUUUUAUUGCUUUGUAGCGUAAAUUCUUUGCCUGACGUUUGUCGUUGAACGCGAAGCUUAAGUUCUCUAAUGACCGGAAAUCAAAAUUGACAGGACAUGGCUGAUCCCUAGCACAACAUACCUUAUAAACAACAUACCUUAUAAACAACAUUAGAUUUGUGAUCUUACUGUUGCGGUUAAAAGUUCAGCACUCAAUGUAUUGUAUUCGAAAAUUUUAGAAGUCGAAAUUUCACGAAAAAGCCCUUAACAAUUGUGUCGUAUCAUUUAGCUCCAAGAGGCACUAGAAGACGCCCGCUAUCCACAACUUGCAAGCAAACUGGAACACCUCGUCGCCAUCUUUACUGAUGAUUAGAACAUUUUUUAGGUUUUAUUUACAAAACUGGGUAUUUAUGGAAUUAUAUAGUUAAAGUUUUGUAUCCAUAUUUAGGAAAUCGUUAUAGACCAUGUAUACAAUAUUAUUCAGAAGAGGACUGGGGUUAGUUGUUAUAUUAUUCAGAAGAGGACUGGGGUUAGUUGUUAUUGUUACACAGAAGAGGACUGGGGUUAGUUGUUAAAUAGAAAUCCAUUUUCAGAUUAGAACUGUUUAAUAUCUUGUGAAAUGUAUUUAUAUUUUUAAAGGACUUGUGAUUUCCAUCACAAAAAUAUUUCAUAAGUAGUUUCAUAUUGAACUAAACACAGAAAAAACAAUCUCGUUCCCCGAGCCUGUGAUCCUCGGGAAGGAACGUGACGCUAUGGGAUAGUCCGUUUCAGGGAGGAAUCUGAUUGGCCGUUGAAAUAGAAUGCGUAGUUCAAUCUUAGCCAGAAUUCCUGGCUUUCGGCAAUGGAUUAUCCCAGAGCCUCACGUUCCUUCCCGAGGAUCGCAGGCUCGGGGAACAAGAUUGAGAAAAAAGUGAUUAAAAUAGAGAAAUAGUGUUUCCUCGUCCCAGGGAUGAGCAAGAGUGUUGAAUGGAGAGCUGAAAGGAAUGGAAGAGAGGGAGGUUUUUAAGAUAGUUCAAAAUUUAAACUCAGAGUUAAACUUAGGGUAAGAGUAAGGUUUAAAGUAAAGUAAAGUUUAGAUUGUUAUAAACUAGUGCAUGGUUGUUGAUUUUUUCGCAUUUUUAAAACGAUCUUGAAAAGUGGCCGCCAUCUUGAAAACCUCCUUAUCGUAGUGACCUUAAAUGGAUUUCUAUUUGGUUGCUAGUCUCAGGCCCUUUCCUUGUCUUCAGAUCAAUUAGUUACUGUAGUUAGUAGUAAUGUUAUCAGUAGUAGUUAUCGAGUAUAAACAUAAAAUGUAGAACCUCGUUCGAAUGCGAGUGUUGGAAAAAACAUAACUUUCUUUCUAUGCAGCACACGAAACUGGGGCGGGUCGCUCAAUGAUCGAUUUGUGCUUACCCCGGUUCAAAAACGCGCUGUUAGCGUGUGUUUUUCUGUAUCAACCCAGGUUAUCAUAAUAAUGGAUCUUUCGAAAAACCUGCCCCAGUUGUGCAGGAGGUGUCACGUGUUUAUCUAAUGCACGCACCCAAAGAUUUUGUAGAUGGAACAUUUAUUAGAUUUGACCAGGAACAUCUGCGAAAAGUGCAGCUAUAGGUCCUCUGCCAGUUGCAUUUUUCGCCACUGCCCCUGGUUAUGUCUGUUAAAUGUAUAAAAUUCACACUCGAAAUUUUCAUCUACAAAACUCUUCUGCAAUUAGUUAUCGAGUGUAGAGGCCUAAAAUCCUGAUAUCUACCCAAAGUUCAUUGCCUGUUUCGCAUUUAUAAAUUGGGAAAACGAAGUGAAACGAAGGCUUGCAAGUAUUCUCGCACGUAAAGCUGGUAUUGUUAACGCAAACUUUGAGAGACUUCCAUAUGACUAACCCGAUAUGACAAUGAUUGGAUUAACCCAGACCUUGGCCUCAUAUUUUCAUUCAGCGUUUAAAACUAUUUACCUGCAAAUAUAACAGUAAACCUAGUAAACGCCUAGUUCUGGGCUAGGUUAGAAUUACGGUAAGGAUUAGGAUUGAUGUUGGGAUUAGGGUAAGCCGGUUAAGUGGAACAGGAUUAGGAUUGUUGUUAAAGCGAAAUUAACCCCUUCUUAAUUUCAGAGAGUGCGGUAUAACCACUGAUGGGCACAACUAGGUUGCAUUAACUAACAUUAAUAGCAUAGUUGCCCGGGUUUCUUUUGUUUCAACAGGGACG